AUGUCACCACCAACAGUUUAUCAAUUGGGCCACGAGCCAAUUAAAGAUCAUGCUUUUUCACCCGAUCACAAGGUCUUAGCAAUAACUAAGGGUAAUACGGUUGAGGUAUAUGUAGUGGAUAAUUUAAAGUCGAAACCAAAAUUAUAUACUAUUUUGCAGGGCCAUGAUAAGACUGUAACGUCUGUUGAUAUAUCUCCUGAUGGAAGUAAGAUCUUGACUUGCUCACAGGACAGAAAUGCGUUGGUUUGGGAGUUCAGCCAAUCGGAUAACGAAUACAAGCCAACUUUGGUAUUGUUGAGGAUCCAUAGAGCUGCUACGGUGUGUAAAUGGUCACCUCAAGGUAACAAGUUUGCAGUUGGAUCUUCUGACAGAAUUAUUGCUGUCUGCUACUAUGAAUCUGAAAAUGAUUGGUGGGUUUCAAAGCAUUUAAAGAAACCGUUAAAAUCAACCAUUACAGCUUUGCUGUGGCACCCAAAUAAUGUGUUGUUGGCGAGUGGAUCUACAGAUGGGCAUGUUAGGGUUUUCUCAAGCUACAUUAAGGGCUUGGAUGAAAAACCAGAGGCCACGGUCUGGGGUUCAAAAUUACCUUUUCAAACAUUAUGUGGAGACUAUGUCACUGAAACUGGGGCAUGGAUCGCUGACGUAGAUUUCAGUCCUGACGGAAAUGCCUUGGGUUUCGUUAGCCAUGAUUCUUCGUUAAGUGUUGUAUACCCUGCUGGUGAAGACUUGCCACCAAAGGCAUUUUUUAACAUCAAAGUCAGCUAUCUCCCGUUCAAAGCGCUUGCCUUUUUGACCAAUAACAAGAUCAUUGCAGGGGGUUACAAUUGCAACCUAGUAGUAUUUGAAGGGAACGAGUCUAGCUGGAGCGAGUCAUAUCAAGUUGAGUCACAAAAGGAUUUAAUAAAGGACGUCCCUGCUCAUCAUGAUGAGGACGAAGAGAUUUCUUCUCACGAUGCCUUAAACAUGUUUAAACAGCUCGACUUGAAAGGCAGAGUUAACAAACCUGAGCCACUAGGUGGGAAGGUUCUCAGCACUAUCCAUCAAAACACUAUCGCAAGUAUUAGGGUACUUUCUCCCACGCAGGUGUCGACAUCAGGUAUCGAUGGAAAGGUUGUCAUAUUUGAUCUCUGA